UGGUCCCUGAAGGUGCUGGCUCGUCUGUGCUGGUCCCUGAAGGUGUUUGCUCAGCUGUGCUGGUCCCUAAAGGUGUUGGCUCAGCUGUGCUGGUCCCUGAAGGUGUUGGCUCAGCUGUGCUGGUCCCUGAAGGUGUUGGCUCGGCUGUGCUGGUCCCUGUAGGUGUUGGCUCGGCUGUGCUGGUCCCUGUAGGUGUUGGCUCGGCUGUGCUGGUCCCUGUAGGUGUUGGCUUGGCUGCCCUGGUCCUUAAAGAUGGCAGUUUGGCUGUGCUGGUCCCUGAAGAUGGCGGCUGGACUGUGCUGGUUCCCCCUCUUUCUGGUCCUGACCCAGGCCAGCGCCUCUUUUCUGGACACGAAGCAGCCGAUCAUCUUCCGGGAUAGUGACCGCAGCUUCGGACAUCAGGUCGCACAGCUGGGACAAAGACUGAUCGUGAGUGCCCCCCGCUAUCAAGUGGCAGCAAAUAAAACCGGUCGGAUAUAUGGCUGCGAUCCAAGGACCACAAACUGCUCUCCGAUCCCCAUCACUGGAUCUGAAGAUGAGAUCGAUAUUUCUCUUGGACUCUCAUUGGCGGCUCGGGAGAAUCCUGGUCAGAUACUGGUGUGUGGACCGACCCUACAAAAACCCUGCGGACAGAACGUCUAUGUCAAUGGACGCUGCUACCAACUGGACCAAAGCCUGAAUGUACAGAAGUCGUUAUCUGCUCCUCCACCAGAGUGCGGUCUUGAUGUUGUGUUCGUCAUCGAUGGUUCGGCCAGUGUUGGAUCCUAUAACUUUGAGUUAAUGUUGAAUUUCGUGAAACAAAUGAUUUCAUCCUUGAGCAACACAGAUACACAGUUUGCAGUGUUACAGUAUUCCCACUAUAUCACAGCACAGUUCAAGUUCAGAAGAUUUCCCUCCAGUUCAGACUUGAAUACUGUGAGAAAUAUUAAAUUUCAGGAUGGAUAUGCCACAAAAACCCCGACUGCCAUCCUGAGUGCUGUGGAGAAGCUUUUCAUCCCUUUGUCUCGUAAGGACUCUCGGAAACUUCUUAUUGUGAUCACAGAUGGUUUGUCAAAUGACAGAGAUGUUAGAUUUUCUGAUGCAACGUUAUUGGCCAAGUCAUUUGGGAUUCAACGCAUUUCCAUUGGGGUGGGAAGUGCGUUCUCCAGUGGAGUAGCUAAGAGAGAAUUAGAUAUUAUCGCCUCAUCCCCUGACAACGUCUUUCAGGUCAAUGACUUUUCUGCUCUGGAUAAAAUUCUGAAAAGUCUGCAAGAGAAGAUUUUUGCUAUUGAAGGUACUCAGUCUCUCAGUGGACAAUCCUUUGAGUUGGAGUUUUCUCAGGAGGGAUUCAGUGCAGUCCUAACAUCACAUUCUGGCUUACAGCUUGUUCCACAUCGGCUCAAGGGCUUAGACAAGGAAGUUAGCAUGUCUCAUGUAUCAGACAUAGAGGAAACUGCGUCUCUGCCAGAUAAUGUGGAUCAGCAAUCCGAGCACAGCAUACUGUCACUUAGAGCAUGGACCAUCCUCAAGGUGACGGCAGAGUUGCACAGGAGAUACAUUCCAUACUCCGCUGCUGAACUCUUCCGUCUCCUGGCAGGUCCCAGUCAGGAGACAGCACCUCCGGACACUAUUCAAACCUCCUUGUCACAAUUGCAUGUCAUGUUAAAUAGUAUGUCAUCAUCCAACUCAAGAAUAGAAUCCAGGUUGGAAGCUGUUGAGAAUAGAGAUACACCUACUCCAGCUUCGCAGGCCAAUCCCACUCCUAGUACUGCUCAGACUAGCAUGCCAGUAGCAGCAAACAAGGUUGAGGGCCCAAGUACUGAGAUCGCCUCUCUGGGGUUACGCUUAGACACAGUAAAGAUGCAAGCUAGUCUCCCACAAGAUAAGCUGCACAGGAUCGGGGCCCCUGAUCAAGACAGCACUGUUCGACUAGGCAAAGAAGCUCUAGCUGACUUAGCUAUGUGGGAAAGAUUCUUGUCCCAGUGGAAUGGCAUAUUGUUGUUUACACCAAAGGCCGCACAGCAGUCCCCAUGUGUCCACACUGACGUGGCUUUCAAUACCGGCUUUGUGGCUAUCUAUCGGUCUCUUUGGAUGGCCAAUGCCUGGCUUGAGGAGGUGGUUAGCCUGCCUGGGUUCAAGCAGGUGUCUUCUUUGUCUGAAAUUUACCCGGUGGUGGCAGCCGCACAGGUCUGGGGCAGGGAAUGGACCAAUACUAUGGUCAUUUUCCUGAUUGAUAAUGCUGACAUAGCAGAUUUCUUGACUAGUGGUCGGCCUACUUCCAAAGAGAUCAUGUCCUUUGCCAGAAGGUUUAUGUGGCUGUCUUUGAUUUAG